AUGCCGACGCUCUCGGGUAUUUACACCUCAUUCACAGGCCAAACAUUGGCCAUAGAUGAACAUGGUCAUCUCAGUAUCAUCCAGAACGACAAGCAGAAGACUAUACUGCGUGCAGAUGCAGAGUUCUGGCUAUGUGAGGAUGAUGGGGUCAGUACUCUGCUUAAAAUCGGGAAGUUUGGGACUCCCAAGAAGGUUACUCUGCACUUCCAGGACAAGGAUUACCACAUCUGGGUGGAACCACGCGGCUUUAGUGAUGGUGCUUACGAGGCAUGUAAAGCGAACCUAAGUUGCAUACUUUAUUUCAUGGAAUCGCUUUUUCCUGUCGAGAUUGAGUGCACAGCUGACUGGGGGUGA